GGGAGAUGAUGGGGGGGGAGUCACUUUAAAGGCUUUUUCUUUCCCAUAAUGCUUUGUGGGGACGUUGACAAGUGGAUUCAAGAUGGCGUAGAAAGUAAUGACAGGAAUUGGAUGAACAAUUUAACUGAUUGAUCACUAAUGAACUCCACUGCUGUUGAAAUGAGUAAGGAUUUUUGUCCCUGAGUCAUGGCAGACAGAAGACCUGAAAAGUCAUGUGAACAAGCAUGUGAAUCUCUUAAAAGACAGGACUAUGAAGUGGCAGUGAGACAUUGCACAGAGGCCCUUCUUUCCCUUGGCCAAUAUUCUUUGGCAAACUUCACAGAGACAUGUCCAUUGGAAGUAGAACGCAUAAAAAUUGAGAGUCUUCUGUAUAGAAUUGCCUCAUUCUUACAACUUAAGAACUAUGGACAAGCUGACGAAGAUUGUAGGCAUGUGUUGGGAGAGGGAUUGGCCAAGGGAGAUGGCUCAUUUCAAGCAGUGCUUUGUUGCAUGCAUCUUAAAGGAAAGCUUCAAGUUGUCUCUAAUGUUCUUUCCAAAUCACUGAUGGGAGAGUCUCUGAAUGGAAUGGCAACAAAAGAUUUGACACGACUAAAGACACUUCUCACUGAAACAGAGACAGCAACUAGUAAAGUCCCAUCUGAAUAUCUCAUGGAAGACUUGGAAGAAGGUUCUCCAAAUGGCUGGCAUUUCCGCCCUCCACCUAGAGGAAUCACCAGCAGUGAGGAGUAUACUUUGUGUAAAAGAUUUUUAGAGCAAGGAAUAUGUAGGUAUGGUGCCCAGUGUACAUCAGCCCAUUCCCGGGAAGAGCUAACCGAAUGGCAGAAAAGAUAUGCAUCAAGACUGAUAAAAUUGAAACAGCAGAAGGAAAGCAAACAAUUUUCUGGAAGUUACAUGGAAACCUUGAUAGAGAAAUGGAUGAAUUCACUAUCUCCUGAGAAAGUGCUUAGUGAAUGUGUAGAAGGUGUCUGGGUGGAACAUAAUCCGGAACUCUCUCUUACUGUUAACACCAAAAAGUCACAUCAAACAUGGACAUUUGCUCUCACUUGUAAGCCUGCAAGAAUGUUGUAUCGAGUAGCAUUGCUUUAUGAUGCUCAUCGUCCUCAUUUUAGUAUCAUUGGAGUAUCUGCUGGAGAUAGUACUACCCAGGUAUCACAAGAAGUACCAGAAAAUUGUCAAGAAUGGAUAGGAGGAAAGAUGGCCCAAAAUGGAUUAGAUCAUUAUGUUUAUAAAGUCGGGGUAGCAUUUAACACCGAAAUAUUUGGAACUUUUCGCCAAACCAUAGUUUUCGACUUUGGAUUAGAACCAGUGCUCAUGCAAAGAGUAAUGAUUGAUGCUGCUUCUACAGAAGAUCUUGAAUACCUAAUGCAUGCAAGGCAACAGUUACUAACGACUGCAAAGCGCUGGGAUUCCACUUCUAAAACUAUUAUUGAUUUCGAGCCUAAUGAAACUACUGAUUUGGAGAAAAGCCUUCUUAUUAGAUAUCAAAUUCCUCUAUCUGCUGAUCAGCUAUUUACACAAUCUGUUUUGGACAAAUCAUUGACAAAGACCAAUUAUCAGUCACGGUUACAUGACUUGCUCUAUAUUGAGGAAAUAGCACAGUAUAAAGAAGUUAGCAAGUUUAAUAUUAAAGUGCAAUUGCAGAUUGUAGCAAGUUUCAUGCUCACGGGUGUUUCUGGAGGAGCAAAGUAUGCUCAGAAUGGUCAACUUUUUGGUCGCUUUAAGCUCACUGAAACUCUUUCUGAAGACACUUUGGCUGGAAGACUGGUGAUGACCAAAGUCAAUGCUGUUUAUUUAUUGCCAAUCAUUAAAGAGAAAUUAGUACAGACCCAGGGAACCAAAGAAAAGGUUUUUGAAGCAGCUAUUGAAGAAAAAACAAAAGAUUAUAUUUUCUUGAGGAUAUCCAGGGAAUGCUGUGAAGAGCUUAAUCUUCGAGCUGAUUGUGAAAUGCAGGUUGAACUUCAGUUUCAAUUAAAUCGAUUACCACUCUGUGAAAUGCAUUAUGCUUUGGACAGGAUCAGAGACAACAGUAUUCUGUUUCCAGAUGUUAGCAUGACUCCUACCAUACCUUGGAGUCCUAACAGGCAAUGGGAUGAGCAGUUGGAUCCUCGGCUAAAUGCAAAACAGAAAGAGGCUGUUCUGGCUAUUACCACCCCACUUUCAAUACAGCUGCCUCCUGUUCUUAUCAUUGGUCCCUAUGGGACAGGCAAAACCUUCACUCUAGCUCAGGCAGUCAAGCACAUUCUCCAACAACAGGAUACUAGCAGGAUUCUCAUUUGCACCCAUUCUAAUAGUGCUGCUGAUCUCUACAUAAAGGAUUAUUUACAUCCAUAUGUAGAAGCAGGCAAUCCCCAGGCGAGACCUCUCAGGGUAUAUUUCAGAAAUCGCUGGGUAAAGACUGUUCACCCAGUCAUACAUCAAUACUGUUUGAUCUCAAGCACACAUUCCACCUUUCAGAUGCCACAGAAGGAAGACAUUCUUAAACAACGAGUAGUAGUUGUUACUUUGAACACUUCACAGUAUCUUUGUCAACUGGAUCUUGAACCUGGGUUUUUUACGCACAUUCUAUUGGAUGAAGCUGCACAGGCCAUGGAGUGUGAAACCAUUAUGCCUCUUGCAUUAGCAAAUCAAAACACAAGGAUUGUUUUGGCUGGAGACCAUAUGCAACUUAGUCCUUUUGUCUACAGUGAAUUUGCCAGGGAGAGAAACCUUCAUGUUUCUUUACUUGAUCGACUCUAUGAGCAUUACCCUACAGAAUUUCCAUGCCGAAUCCUACUGUGUGAGAAUUAUCGUUCCCAUGAAGCUAUCAUCAAUUACACAUCUGAGCUCUUCUAUGAGGGGAAGCUGAUGGCAAGUGGAAAACAGCCAGCACACAAAGAUUUUUAUCCAUUAACCUUCUUUACAGCACGUGGAGAAGAUGUACAGGAAAAAAACAGUACGGCUUUUUAUAAUAAUGCAGAGGUAUUUGAAGUGGUAGAACGUGUAGAAGAGUUAAGGAGAAAGUGGCCUGUAGCUUGGGGAAAGUUAGAUGAUGGAAGUAUUGGUGUGGUCACUCCUUAUGCUGAUCAAGUGUUCAGAAUUCGGGCAGAACUUCGAAAAAAGAGAUUAUCCGAUGUUAAUGUAGAAAGAGUACUCAAUGUUCAGGGAAAGCAGUUUAGGGUUUUGUUUCUGAGUACAGUACGCACACGGCACACUUGCAAACAUAAACAAACCCCAAUUAAAAGGAAAGAGCAACUAUUAGAAGAUUCAACAGAGGAUUUGGAUUAUGGUUUUUUGUCCAACUACAAACUUCUCAACACUGCCAUAACAAGAGCACAGUCCUUGGUAGCUGUGGUGGGUGAUCCUAUUGCGUUGUGCUCAAUUGGAAGAUGCAGGAAAUUUUGGGAGCGGUUUAUUGCCCUGUGUCAUGAUAACAAAAGCCUACAUGGCAUCACUUUUGAACAGAUUAAAAUGCAGUUAGAGGCUUUGGAGCUCAAGAAAACAUAUGUCUUGAAUCCACUUGCUCCUGAAUUUAUCCCUCGGGCUCUAAGACAGCAACAUUUGGGAAAUACCAUCAAACAGCAGCAGUCACCACCCAAGGGAAAAGGCCAUAAUCAUAACCAGAAUGAACAUUUCCAGAAUGAGGGAAUUGUUCAAACCAAUCCUUCUGUACUCAUUGGCAAUCCUAUUAGAGCAUAUACUCCUCCUUCCCCUCUUGGACCCCACCCAAAUAUGGGAAAGUCUCCUAGUCCUGUUCAAAGGAUAGAUCCUCACAGUGGGACUAGUAUUCUUUAUGUACCUGCUGUCUAUGGAGGAAAUGUGGUUAUGUCUGUUCCUUUACCAGUACCAUGGACAGGGUACCAGGGUAGGUUUGCAGUUGACCCUCGAAUCAUUACACAUCAGGCAGCAAUGGCAUAUAAUAUGAACCUGUUACAGACACAUGGACGGGGGUCACCUAUACCAUAUGGCCUUGGACAUCAUUCGCCAGUUAGUGUAGGGCAACAACAAAUUCAGCAACAGGAAAAGGAUCAACAUGAACAAAAUCGAAAUGGUAAAAAUGAUUCUAAUCCUGGACCUGAAGUAAAUAAAAUUCGCACUCCAGAGAAAAAGUCUUUAGAAUCCAAACAGAGUGAUUUAGAUUCAAAUCCACAGAACCGAAGUCCAGAAGCUCGUCCUGGUUUUGCUUAUCCUAAUCCCAAGUUUCAUCGCAAAGAUAAUCUCAAUGCGAGACACCUAAACCUUCAUCUUACUGCUCCCCAUGCACAAUAUGCAGUCCCUCAUCGCCACUAUCAGCACUUAUCCCAGCUACCAAGACAACCAUUUCCAGCUCAACAACCCCAAAAUUUAGGUCAGCAGCAGAAUCAUUUCCCUGAGCAACCAACUCAAAUACCACCUCAACCACAACCAAACCAAGCAGUCCAGCAGCAUAACCACUUGAAUCAACAAACUCAGCAACAACCCUCUCAGCUGUCUCCUACUUAUCAAGCAGGCCCUAACCAUUCCUUCUUUAAUAAUGCAGUCUCUCAUCGACCACAUUCUCCUCCUGUAGAUUCAGUGAUUUCUGAACAGCACCCUACUCCUAUGCUUCAAGAAGUUAACCCUUUGAGAUCCACUGCACAACCCAAUCCAGUGAUACCCUCUCACUUGAAUAAUUUCAUUGAAGAAAAUCCUCCAGGAUUACCAAUAGGGGAAGCUUUAGAACGUAUGCAUGGAAAUGUGGCCUUAGAAGCAUUAAGGCAACAGCAAGCAAGAAUUCACCAAUGGAGUGAGCAUAAUGCUUAUCUCACUCAAGGCAGUCUUCCAUAUGCACACUAUCACCACCCUCACCUACAGCAUCUUUCCCAACCACCAGCAGGAUUACAUCAACAUCCAAUUAGGGCAAACUGGAAACUUGCUACUAAUGCAGAAGAUGAAGCAAAAGCAACACAUGCAAGGUUUCAAGACUUAAUCAGAGAGCUGGCUCAUCAUGAUCAAAGUGAAACACGGGAGCUAACUGAAAUGCCACCACCUCAGUCAAGACUUUUACAGUAUAGACAAGUUCAAACUAGAAGCCCACCAGCAAACACUUCUUCAUCCAAUUCAAAUCACAGUGGCCACUUUUCUAACUUCAGUGACAAUAUCAGAGAAAUUGAAAUGGCCAAUAAUCCAGCAUUUCAGCAGCAUCUGCCACCCCAAAUAUAUAACUCCUCAUUCUCAAUACCAUCUGAAAACCUUACCCCUACACCUUUGAAAUAUCUGCCACCAGAUGGAUCCUGGACCUUUGCUAAUUUACAUCAAAAUCAUUUAAUGGGACAGGGUUUUCACUAUAGCAUACCACCAUUACCCCACAGACCACAACAAAACCCUUUUAUACAAAUUCAGAAUCAACAUGUGGUUGGUCAGGAGCCAUUUCACCCACUGUCAUCUCGAGUGGUAUCUGCUUCUUCUCUCCACAGUCUAGAAGAGUAUGAACCACGAGGACCAGGCAGGCCAUUGUACCAAAGAAGAAUUUCAUCUAGUUCAGUACCACCUUGUUCUGAAGAGUUAAAUACUCCUCAAGACAGUCUUGCUCAGUGUAAAGAGCAUCAGGACCAUAAUAACCGAUCUUCUUUCAACUAUUCAUCACCGGAGUUGUGGGUAAAUACCACCUCAUCUGCUCCACCUCAGAACAUUCCAUGCAAUGGAUCCAGCAGAACAGCCCCACCCAGAGAAUUGUUAGCUCCAUCAAAGCCCUUGAAAUCCUCUGAGGAUCACCUGAAAUCUGAAAACCUUCAGCUGUCCAAUUCGUUCAACUACAGCAUGUUGCAGCAUCUAGGCCAAUUCCCACCCCUCAUGCCCAACAAGCAGAUUGUGGAAUCAAACAGCAACAGCCAGCCAAGUUCUGGGGGAAACAAACCUACUAUGUCCUACGCAAGUGCUCUACGGGCGCCUCCAAAGCCCAAACCCCCACCUGAACAGGCAAAAAAGAAGAGUGACCCUUUGUCUCUGUUUCAGGAACUUGGCUUAGGUAGAUCAUCAGAUUGUUGCAGGAAGACUUCCUUUGGGAGGAGAGCUAAUUAAUAAAAUAGUUCGUAAAUUGACUGUAUUUUUUCUGUCCUCACAAAUAUACUUUAUUCUAUCCCUUUUUGUGUUGGUAUGACAAAGUGCUUUGUGCAGCUUUUGCAUCAGAGGUUCUAGAACACAUUCAGAUUCAAUGUAAGCAUUAACUGCUUUUCUUAACGAAUUGCAGAUUAAUAAAAUAGUAAAAAAUCAUAUUGUAUACACAUAAUCAAUCACAACAUCAUAAACUCAAAGAUCUAUUUAUGGGAAUAUUUCCCUGCUUGAAUUUGCUGAGAAAGUUAGUGAAAUUUCCUAGCUUCGGAUGUAAUUAGUAUCUCAGCCUUAAUAUUGAAUAAUUAUAGCAAACUUGACUUCCUAUUUUAAUAUUUUCUAUGUAUCUCAGGAGCAAAAUUAUAGGUGCAUGUGAGUUUUAUUUCACAUCCUAUAGUGGAGGCUUGUCAGGGAGUGGAGAGAAAAUUUCAGGGUGAUUCUUGUGUUUGUAUUACUGUUAAGUAAACUAGAUCUACUAAAUAAUACUUUAAAGGAUAGACUCCCAUUGCAUAGCAUUGUUUCAUAUUGGAGUUGAUAAAAAGGAAAAUCUCAAAAAAAAAAAAGUAAAAAGUUUUAGUAAAUCAAAGAAUGUAAUUUUCUGCCUUAAAAUGGUGUCCAGUACAUUUAUCUUUUCCCUCUUUAAAAACUUGGAAAAUAUUUUGUCCUCUGGGGUUUUUUUGGACAUUAUUAGUCUUUCCUAAGUUGACCUUUAAUUUAAGAACACUUCCAUAUAUGUUACCAUCUUAUAUAUUUCCCUCCUACGCCUUAAAGAAAAAUUUCAGAGUCUAGCUUUUUACCUUCUAUCAAUCAUCCUACAUGUUCUAGACUGAACUAUUUCUAAAGACAACAAGUAAUUUUGAAAAAUGGACAUGGCACAAUUUUUAUUUUAAAAAGUCACCCAUAGAUUCACUUCUAGUGACAUUGCAGGUGUCUUCAUUAAAGAGAAAUAAGGAAGCAUAAUGCUGACUUGGAAAAAUAUUCCUUUUAAUAGAAUUCUCUUAUUUCUUCUUUAAUUGAGAUUAGGUGCACAUUUGCAAUGAUUCUACUGCAUGCUGCUAAACUCCCAUUUGCUGCCUUCAUUCCUACUUCAUAUGCAAUUCUGAGGCUCUUGUUCAAUUCAGUGAAGUCUACUAACUCUAAAACAUUCAAAAAUGAUACCAUUUUCAUUUCCAAAUCAAAAUGCCAAGUUGAAUGGAUUUUUUUUGUUGUUGUUUUUAUAUCCAUUGUGACAUUUAAACGUUUUGGCAAUAAUCUGAAAGACUUAGUUUGGAGUGAAAUUUAAAGAUGCAGAUUCAUUCUGGGGGUGACUGAGUUUUCUUUGUUGGAAAUGACACAGCUUAGAAAAGUGAACUGGUGUUGACACUGUCUUAUAUGAAAGAAGUUUUAUCUUGAGCUAUGCAUAUUUCAGUAGUUUUAGGUGUCUGAAAGUUAUUUAGGUUAUGAGACCCAUCCUUAUUUGCAGUUUUAUCAACAGGGUUUGUUUUGUUACAAAAACUAGCAUAAAGUCAUUGAGUGAGCCUUGUCCCAAUCUGUUGAGUUCAUUCAACCAAGUAAUAUUUUUUGUUAAGCAUUUGGAACACUCCUUGAGAGUUUCUACCUCCUAUACAAAGUAUAGCAUUGACUUAGCAAGAAUCACAGAAUUCAGAGUUGAAAGAGCCAUUGGUCAUCUAAUUCAACCCAGAAGUACUUCAGAAGAGGGAGAAAAAUCUAAUUUAAAUUCUUAUCUCAAAAUGCAUUAGUUUUAAAAAUAAAUUCUGCCUUUAUUCAUUUCAAAAUAAAAAAAACAUUAAAUCAAAUAGCUCCAUUGCCCUUGUUUCUGAAAAAUCAAGAAUAUGACAAAGUUGUAGGAUAGAUUAUCUAGCAAAAAUUAAAUCCUUAUUUAUAAAUCUAUCCUUAAGAGAAAAUUAUGAAACACAAAGAGAAUGUUUGACUGUCUUUUUUCCUAUAAUGAUUUUUAAAAGUAUGACAAGACAAAGCUAUUGGACCACAGGUGUUUCCAUAACUCUUAUACUAUGAACAAAACACUGACAAUGGAGACCUUUAAACUGAUUAUAUUUUCUAGCCCGAUGGCACUCAUUAGUAGUAUACUUGGCUCAGAGAGACAAUAGUCAAUAAGCUCUUGCAAUUUCAGGGUGAGUCUGUUUUAUUGCACAUUAUUGUUAGUACUUUUUUCCAGGAGGGGAAAGAGGUGUAGUGUAGAUAUGGUUGCCUCAUACUCAAAUACAGUUAGAUCAGAAAUUAUUUUAAGUGCAUAGUUAUACUUCACACUGAACAAAUGGAUCACUCCAGAGAGUAGAUAAUUAGAUAAAUUAAAUUUGGAAGUUUUGUUUUUAUGUUUUUUUCUCAGGCUAAUAUUAAAAUAAUUUUGCACUCCCUGAACACAAAUAUUGGAGUAGGUGAUCCUAGACAUGAAUCAUCUAUAAAAUAGACAAAAUAUGGCAGGUAGUUUAGUAUUGACUGAUUACUAAAUGAUGUUUUCAUACACAUUUAAAUUUGAGGAGCAUACCAUCCACACACCAUAAAUAAGUUAAUGUGUGAUGAGAGGAAAUUAAUGUAAUCAAAUGAGGUGCCUUAUAUGUUUUGAUAUUUUUUAAAAUUAACAUUUAACCUACAGUGAAAUUUUUAUGAUGUUAGGUACAUCUUCAGGUUUUUAGUUUUGUUUUAGAUUUCCUGAAGCACUAGGAAGAUUGUUUGUUUUAAGGCAAAAAGUUAAAAGGGCUUAUGGAAGGGGAACAGUUACAAUGCCUGUCAUUGUAGUCCUUUAAGAGCAAACUUUCUUCUUUAAGCUCAUUAGUAUGAAAUACAUGUUUAAUGCUUAGUUUAUCCAGGCCCAGCAAUGUGGAUUUAAACUUUAUCUGUACUGAUUUGCUGUACAAAAUAUCUUGCAUGAGAAAUUUCUAUACAUUGGAAAUAGGAAUGAUUGUUAUAGUAUUUAAUCUGUGCUAAAGGGGUAUCCAUAUGUCAAUUGUGUUCUCCAAUAUGUUUGACUCCUAGAGCCUCUUUCCUUUGUAUGGCAAGAGUCUCCCUAGUUUAGCUGGGUUUGAAUAUAUUCAAGUGGGGUCCAGGACUGACCUGCUUCUAAUAAAUCCAGAUUAUGAAGUUGUACUGUAUUUUCUUUUUAGUGAUGGGCAUCUGACUUGGUUUUUUUUUUUUUUUAGAGACCUAAGAAGUUACUACUUAUCCCUGCAUAUUUAUGGUAUCAUUGGCAAAUAGGAUGCUGGAAGUACCUCUUGUUGAAAUUUUGAAGCUAGUAGGUUAUUUAAUAGGGUAUUCAUUCCUCUGAUCCCCAAGCCAGUAUAUUAUCAAACAUGGCAACUUAAGAAACCAACACCCUGCAAAAAUAUUCUUAUCUAGAAUUUUUUUAGCCCAAUUCAAGCUACUUUUUGCAUAGCAGCUUUAUUUGGGGCUAUGUGUGGAAAAUAAACAAUAAAGCUUUGCAAGUGAUUGUAUGAAAACAAAAGUGGUAAGUUCCUAUCUCCUAAAAAGAAAACAUUUACUAGUUUUGAAGGUAUCUAAUCAUGCUUUACUUGUAGAAAAAUGACAUCUAAAUAAUUUCAUUUUACCCCUGAGGUUAAUUGGUACUUAACUUGAAAGGCUCCAAUACUCAAAAAAGAUUUAUAUUUAAAAGUGAAAGAAAGUUUGGUGUUCCAUAAUAGUGACCUUAAAGCUACUCUGUAGAAAAUUUUUAAGCUUAAUUUUUAGAUUGAUUAAUUUCAGCCACUUUGAUUCCUCAUGAAAUGCUUUCAGAUAUGGGGCUUACAGUACCUACAGUGUAAUCAUUGUUUUGGUGCAGUCUUUUUUGUUUUGUUUUUAAAGUUUAAUGAUAACACAAAAAUGUAUUUUCCUGCUACAUUUCAAAUGUAUUUAUAAUAAAAUACCUUUUUUAAUAA